AUGGCCAUCACAGCAGACGACAAACUCCUCAUCCACUUCCCCUUCCCCCUGCCAGAUGGCUUCCUCGAUACCCUCGCAAAGCGCUUCCCCCAGCUCCGCGUCCACUUCGAAAUCGCCCCCAUCGUCAAUAACCGCAUGACAAAUGCCGACACACUACCAGACGAGGUUUGGGAGGGCGUCACUAUGCUCUCCAUCCUCCCACCACCCAGCGCGGCCAAGAUGAAGAACGUCAAGUUCGUCCAGCUAGGGUCUGCAGGUUGGGAUCCUUGGUUGGAGCAUGAGGCAUUUCUGAACAAGGAUGUGGCGUUUUGCUGCACGAGCGGCGUUCACCCCCCUCAGAUUGCCGAAUGGGCCAUCGGUGCCUGGCUCACUCACUCACAUCACUUCAAGAAUUACAUGGACCAAGCAGAAAAAGGUGUCUGGGAAAUGGGCCUCUCAGGACCCUCCGUCACUGACUCCGUCGGUCUCCGCAUGGGCAUCAUGGGCUACGGCACAAUCGGCAGGCAAGUUGCCCGCCUAGCCCAUGCCCUCGGCAUGGAAAUAUACGUCCAAACUCUCAGUCCUCGGCCAACCCCAGAGUCCAAGAAGCUCUCCGAUUACAUCGUGCCCGGCACCAGUGACCCAGACGGCCUCCUCCCCACAAAGUGGUUCUCAGGCUCCGGCCCCGAAGCAGUCAACCAUUUCCUCAGCCAGGACUUGGACAUUGUCGUUCUCAGUCUCCCCAUGAGUCCCCAGACCAAACAUUGCAUUGGGGCAGAGCAGUUCCAGAUCCUUGGAAAGAAGAAGCCAUUCCUCAUCAACGUCGCCCGAGGUCCCAUUAUCGACACGCCCGCCUUGAUUGAGGCUCUUGAAGGAGGGUUGCUACGUGGAGCCGCUCUGGAUGUCACAGACCCGGAGCCCUUGCCAAAAGGACACCCGCUGUGGAAAGCUCCCAACGUCUUCAUCACGCCACACAUCAGCUGGCGGUCUACCAAGUUGACCGAGCGGAUAACAGAAGUAAUGCUCCAGAAUCUGGAGAGGUGGGAUAAGGGAGAACCCCUGCUUAAUCGAAUCAAGAGGUGA